GGCAAAGCAUGACUCGUCUGUGCUGGGAUCCGAUGAUGACGUGAUACGAAUCUCAGCGAGCAUGAACAGAUGAUGAUGAGCGGGAGCGCCCCGGUCCGCGCGCGCGCUCCAUAUUAAUCUGUUGAAGCUAGGUCGCUGUCUUUUAAGGCACCAUGGACUGUGUGGAGAGAAACCUUUCCGAGCAGUAACAACCUGCAACAACUUCGUGACCAGAAUCAAUUCUACAUCUUUUACCAGGAUGGUAACUUUCUUUCGGUAAAAUUAGAAUUGCCUCGAUAUUAAUUUAUUUAGGUUUGGAGAGGGAAAACCGAUUGCUCUAUGACAUUUGCGACGAGGGCAUUUAUCAUUAUGUGGUUGGAUGGUUUAUGAUAGUAUUUGAUUGGAGCCCUCAGACAAUUAAUCUAAAUGGUUUUGAAGUUCUGUUGACUUCAGUAAAUGAUCUCGUGUCAGUUCCGAAGUCCAGAACUAUGUCUACCAUCUGAUUUAUGUUAUUGUGCGUUUUGGUGUUGAAGACAAGAGUUUAGCCUAGGCUAUUUAACCUAUCGAUGUGAUUCAACGAAAAACAUUAAUUUCGUGAGGAGGAGUUUUCCAAACAUACAAGGAAUCUGUGCUCGUAUCCGGCAUGCUGGCUUUCUUAGUUGGACUUUUAUACCUAGUGAGUGGACGCACGGUGCGCGCUCAGGAUGCGACAGGUAGCCGCUUCCUCUGCUCCGCCAUCCCGGCGGGCGCCGAACCUAGCUGCUCCUUCGAACGCAACGGUAACCGCGUGCAGAGCACCAGCCCCGUGGAGGAUGAGUUACGGAACACCAUCCUCCAACUCCGAGAGACCAUCCUCCAGCAGAAGGAGACUAUCGUGAGUCAGCAGGGCACUAUCAAGGAGCUGAACUCCAAACUGGCCCGUUGCGAGGCGGCCGCGGAGGACUCAGCGGGCAGGUCCAGGGGCCAGAGCUCCAGGCGGAAGGACUACAGUAAGAACACAAUGGGAGACCUUCCCAGGGACCCCACGGAAACUAUAGACCAGCUGGGAAAGACCAUGCAGGGGCUCAAGGGUCGGUUGGAGAAUCUGGAGCAGCAGCAGUUGCGUGCCAACACGUCAGCAGCAGCAGCAGCAGGUGCGGGUGGGAAUGCAGUGGGGCCCCUACCGGCGGAGCUGCGGGAGCUGCUGAAGCACCGUUUGGGGGCCCUAGAGGGCCAGCUUCUGAGGAAGGUGGCCGAGCUGGAGGAAGAGAAGAGCCAGCUGUACAACGAGACGGCUGCCCACCGUCAGCGAACCGAGAGCACCCUCACCUCACUGCUGGAGAGGAUCACAGAGCUGGAGAGAAGUAACAACGCAUUUAAGUCACCCGAGGAUUUCAAGGUGUCUCUCCCCCUGCGCACCAACUACCUGUACGGACGCAUCAAGAAGAGUCUCCCUGAGAUGUAUGCCUUCACAGUGUGUAUGUGGCUGAAGUCCAGCGCCAGCCCUGGUAUAGGAACCCCCUUCUCCUACGGGGUGCCAGGACAGGCCAAUGAAAUCGUGCUCAUCGAGUGGGGCAACAACCCCAUAGAGCUGUUGGUCAACGACAAAGUGGCCCAGUUGCCCCUGUCGGUGAGCGACGGCCGCUGGCACCACAUUUGCAUCACCUGGACGACGCGGGACGGCUUCUGGGAGGCAUACCAGGAUGGGGAGAGGCUGGGCACCGGGGAGAACCUGGCCCCCUGGCACCCAAUUAAACCUGGAGGGGUGAUCAUCCUGGGACAGGAACAGGACAUGGUGGGGGGUCGUUUCGACGCCACCCAGGCCUUCGUUGGCGAGCUGAGCCAGUUCAACAUGUGGGACCGGGUCCUCCGGCCUGUGGACAUCAUGGGAAUGGCCAACUGCUCCUCCUACAUGCCCGGGAACAUUGUUCCCUGGAUCGACACCAACGUAGAAGUCAUGGGAGGAGCAUCCAAGGUGGCGUUGGAGAUCUGCGAGGACCGUAUGUUCGAACCGUAAAGGAGUUGGAUGUGUAACGUUGUUAUGACACUGGGUUCCGAAGGUUCCGGAGGCUUGAGAGGUGGUUCUGGUUCCGCGCUCUCUGUGCUGCUUCAGAAACACCCCUCAAGGAGGAAAAAGGGCUCAACGGGUAUUGCCUUUGUUUACAGACCUAGAUCUAGUAAAUGGGUCAACUUCUUGUUUCUCCAAUGUGUUUUGGUGUGAUUUUCCAUGCUUAAGUACAUGGCUCACAAGUUCAUGCCCAUUCCAACGUGAUUCUAACUAGAGGAUUUUACAGAGAACCCACUUGAGACUGAGGACUCUAUACUCUGUAUUCUGUCUUUUACUCCUUUAGCUAGAUAUCCUUUUGACUGAGUCAUGUUUGGACACAGCUCCCCUCUUAGGCAUUUCAUACACUGAUAAUUGAGCACUGUACUGUAUUCAGAGAAUGUGAGCUAAUAUAUAACCCAUAGAAGCUUUUAUUGUGUUGUGUGGACAGCUAUUUCUGAGUUGCAUGGCAAACUUCUACGGUAAAUGAUGUGAGCUUGUGUUCCUUUGCAGUUAAAAGAAGCCCCAUAUUCCAGAGAGGGCUAUUGAUGAGUAUAGAAUAUAAAGGCAACGGUGGAAUAGACCAUGUUCAACGUGUGCAUGUGUUUUGACCUGUCACUGAGAGUAUUGAGUGCAAAAGUGAAUGCUUGCGUACUGUAUGUGUGUAUAUGUGUGUGCAUAUGUACAUGCACAGGUGGGUGUGUUUACUGUAAUAGCAGUAUGUGUGGGUGUGUGCACGCUCUCGUUGUGUAAAAGGCCCUAGAGAUUAGUGACGAGGACAUUCACAUUCUUGUAAAUCUAUUCUAAUACCUCUCCUCCCCUUGAGCAGCUGCCAUCCCAAGCAGCUUUGUGCAGCGGCCGGCCCAGGCAGGUUAAAAGCAAAGUCGGAAAGCUGCCGAGGACUGGCGGGAAGCCGGGAAUUCAGCGCUCUGUGUGCCACACUGGGGGAGUGUGGGUUGGAAUGGGAUGCCAGGGACUGGAUGACCUUCAAGGAAGGAUUUUAUCCAUAAUCUGUGUUAGUAAAUAUCAUGUUUGUCAAAUGAAGGAGAAGAUGAAUGUGAGCUAUUUUACUAUCCCGUUGCAUUGUAUAAUAUAGAGGCAUUUUGCUAUAAGCCAGAGAGACCCUAUGAAAAUGAAGAGUGUGAAACUAAAGAUGAGAAGAGAUCUGAAUGUUUCUGGUUGGAACAAGACAAAAAGCACUGGAACACUUUGCUUUGUUUCUGUUUGUAGAAAAUGUCUUUCAUUUCCUUAGGGAUAAGAAAAAAGAACUCCGUUCUGAAUUAAUGUUGUGCUUCAUUCCAGUCCAUUUAAACUACAGUGAUUUGAAAUGUGGUGCAGUAGAUACACGUGUGUCAAGUUUGCUUCUUCAACUCUGUUCACACUUGUUUUGCUGCAACACAAUAGCACAAUGCCUGUCAAUUCAACCCUUAUCUGGUUAUGAAGAGUGCAGAGGACUAACCUGAUGUUAGGAAACAAAUGGCUGUUUGUCUCUUCCUUUCCUUUGCGACAUCUUGGAAAGAUAUACGUUUGUAAAAACAGAACAGCGGGAUUCAGAACAUUUCUGAUGGCCUUUGAGAAUGUUAUAAUGCAGUAAUGUUUUAAAGGGGUACACACCUAUCAUUUUGGAACAUUUCAAAGUUAUUCUACAUAUGAAUGUCCUUUUAUGUGUUAUAUAAAUGUAUGUUUUAUUUCUGUAGAGACAAUUUAAUUUCUUGUAUUUUAUUAGCCUUUCUGCUCAUGAGUUAAUGUGUUUACCUGCACUGAGUCACUAUUUCAUUCAGAAUGUUAGUGGAAGAAGGACAUCUUCUUUUAAAAUGUUCAAUGGCCUUUUUUUCAGCACCGAAUGUGCUUUUUGUUUGCGGAUGAUUCAAAGCAUAAAGUUGGAAUCCUUAAGGUGAAACAGCCACGUCCGUUUGGGAUAUUACAACAACAGAGAAGUUACUGAAAACAACAAACACUUUAUUUCACCUCGGACAUCAUUGCACUACUUUUUUCUUUUUACAAUGCCGUGUGACAAAACAAUAACAGCGGCGGUGGGAUGACCAGUAGCGCUGCUUUCCUCUACUGUGGACUCCAUCUUUCACUUCAGCAAAUAUCAUUUGUAUUUUUUCCCUACAAUGCAACCUUGGAAUUGUGAAAAGAUAAAUGAGAAACAAAAAGGAUUCAGCUGUUGCUUUAACCUCAUCUUCAUCUACCAUUUAUGUUCUGUGUCUCCAUGCAGUGUGGUUGGAUGUCCUCUUGCACCUAAUAAAAUGUUCAAAAUCCAAA